AUGUACGCUGUCGAGGUUCUAGACGGCCGCUUCUGCUACAUUCACAAGCACAGGCACGUCGACAAGCUUUCGAUCCUCUGCGCGGAACGCGCUGCGAUGCUCCUUCGUCUGGGAUCCGGGACGGUGACCGGCGGCUUGCACCGCCUUCCGUCCCCCGAACUGCAGCAGCUGCUCGACGAGUUGGCCAGCAGGUCCCCUCUUCGCUCCCUGACGUGGCCAGACGUCGCCCCCUUAUGUCAGCUGGGACGGCUGAGGCACCUGAAGCUCGAGAGGAUCCUCGUGACUCACCCGGACAUGAGGGCCAUCCUGGCUGCAAUGGAUCCCGAGAUACUCACCCAGCUGACGAUUCGCUGCAAGUGCCAGGACCUGGGGCCCGGACCCGGUUGGGACGAACGCGUCCGAGGCGGCUGCCACGAGGAGCGCCAGCGGGACGUGGUCUCCCUCGUCGAACUGGUGGGGCAGUCCAGGGAUCUCCAGCGUCUUCAAACGGACUUUGAACUCGACGUGGAACGCCUGGCGACCUCGGGCCCCUACCCUUGUCUGAGGCGCCUCACCCUGACCCGACUCACGGUCUCGGGCAUGCCCAGGAGCGCCCUGACGGGCCGGGAGCUGCAGAUGCUCCUGCUCCAGAUGCCUGCGCUGCGAGAGCUGCGCUGCAACGUAGCCCACGCGCUCGCCGAAGUCGGCGUCGACGCGCAGUCCAUGCUGGGUCGCCUGGAGGUCGUCAAUGUGCUGCUCGACCAACCGGCGCAGGCCGCGGGAAUUUCGCCCGUGGAGUUGCUCGCCAGGUUUUGCCCAAACAUUCGCGAGGCCCUAGCAGACGCCUGUCCCGCCCUCAAGUCUCUCGUGGCCCGGUGCUUCUUCAACCGACGCAGAGCGGACAUCGAGUCUCCUAGGCCUAACAGCACGAUGCCCCUGCUUGAGGACCUGGACGUGGACACCCUCGUAGACGCCUCAGUGCUGCUGCCCAUGUGUACGCAGCUGACGCGACUCAGGCUGACGCUGUCCCAGCUGACGGCCACCGAUGCCCGUGAGCUGGCAGAUCUCUGCCUGACCCACUGUCCUCGAUUGCAACAGAUGACGCUGCAACUCCUGCACGCGGGGUGCUCCCACCGCGCCGCCGUCUACCUACUGCAGCACCUGACGCGCGUGCCGCAGCUGCGCAUCUUCAGUACGCCCAGUGAGGACAUGGUAAACGGCGACCUGCCUCAUUGA